UCAAAAGUCGGGAAGGCAGUAGUAGGGGGCGUGAAUGUCAUACCCGAGACACAAGAAGUGCAAGAGGACGAUCCGAAGAACUGUCGCCGGCACAACCACGAGACCAACGAACAUCUCUACGCGAGUGCUUCAGUGGGAAGGCAUACGAAGCGAGUCCGUCAAACGAGCGAAGAGCCUGGAGUUCGUCCCAAAAAACGUCAUCGACCACUAGCACCAUUGCCUACAAUACGCUCGCAGGCGACCCCUGGAUGUCGGCAACAGACAGCUUCUCAGCUACAUCUGCAACACACAGCUGGCUGUAAGGCUAUGGAGGAAGAGAUUUCAAAGGCUACCGUUACGCGACUUGCUAGGGAUUCGAAUGCGAAUUCGAUCUUAGCCAUCACCCAUACUCGCCAUCACCUUGACGGGACCCUCUAUAUCUCAGCCAUAAUGCGUGCAGACCGGAUUGUGGGGUCAUGGGACAGAGUCAAGGCCAGCUUGGCGGCCGCAGCAUCAGUGGCAGAUCCUAGCACCCUUACGGUCACGGUCACAGACUGUGAACCGGACGAGUCUCUUGGAGAAUGGCCAGACUUGGUCCUGGUCACUGCUAAACGGGGAGGAACGCAGCGCUCUGUGCAGGACUGGGCGCGGGACCUGGUCGGUAAAGGACAGCGAUUCUGA